AUGUUUAUCAAGAGGGCAACGAUAUGCUUGUUUUUUUCUUCUCUUGCUUUGGGUGCUCCCAGCUUGAAACGUUCCACUCAUGAACGUUCACAUCGCUGUGUGAUCCCCUCUUCCAACGGCACGGCCAAUGAUUCCCCUGCCGUGCUACAGGCAUUCGCCAAAUGCUCUUCCGACUCCGUCAUCGUCUUCCAAGAGGGUGUAGACUAUAACAUCUUUACUCCCAUUGCUGCUACCAAUCUCAGCAAUGUCGAGAUUCAAAUGAAGGGCAACCUGCACCUGCCCCAAAACAUUUCAACAGUACAAAGUAUUGUCAAUGGAACGAGCAGCACACUCUAUGCUGAUGGAGCAUAUUGGUUCAAACUCGCCGGUCCCAAAAUUGACUACACUGGCUCUUCCAAUGUCAAUAAUGGAUGGAUCAACUCCUAUGGACAGGCAUGGUGGGAUGCAAACCCAGUCAAUGGAACGGGCAUCGACUCCCGUCCCCACCUUCUGAGCUUCCAAACUACAGAUGGCUCUCUUAAGUACUUCAAGUCCCGCAAGCCCAUUGCCUGGAAUGUGCAGCUACAAGGAGACAAUAUCACAGUCAGCCAUGCCUUCAUCGAUGCCGAAUCGACCGGAUCAUUCCCCUUCAACACCGAUGGAUUCGACGUCACUGCCACCAACGUCCGUAUCACCGACAGCAUCAUCUAUAACGGCGACGACGCCAUUGCUGUCCAGUCAGGAUCCCACAAUGUGAUAUUCGAAAGAAACACCAUCGGCUAUCAAAGCCACGGCAUGAGCAUUGGAUCACUUGGUGAAACCCAGUCCGAGUUUGCCAAUGUCUCCGACAUCCACUUCUCAGACGUCACCGUCAUCGAUGCGGUCUAUGCCUCCCGCUUCAAGUCCUGGAUGGGUGGACAGGGUAUCGCGAAGAACAUCAGCUGGAAGAACAUUCGCGUGUACAAUGUUACUUUCCCAAUCUUUGUGACCCAGAGCUACACCAACCAGGGCUCCACAGAGACCCAGCUUGGUAACGGUGUGACAUCCGGACGCGUGAACAAUGCCUCUGUCAUGAUGGAAGACUUUGUCUGGUCCGAUUUCACAGGUUCGGUCAACUCGUGGCGCCCCGGUGAUGGAUCCUGUGUAACCGACCCUUGCUGGUAUGAUCUUGGGUUGCCAGAUCUCAAGCACACUGAAACCGUGAUCAUUGAGUGCAAUACGAAUUCGUCUUGCAAGAACUUUGAAUUGACCAAUAUUGAGAUCAUCCCACAGACUCUGGCUGAGCCGACUGUGGUCUGUAUCAAUGCUACUGCGUCAUUGAAUCCCGAGCUUGGAUUUGACUGUCGGAAUGGUACCUUCAUUCCCAACUGA